CGAUUUCAAAGAUCGGACUGUGAAGUAGUAUAUCGGGUUAGUGCGAGUGAUCACUAGUCAAUAUGACAAGGUUUUUUAUAUGUUCAAUUAUAUUCUUGUUCGCGAAUGUCGCUAUCGCGUCGAAGCCUUUGCCUUCUUAUAUUACACCCUGUAAAAAAACGGAUCCCAAAAUAAAUGAAUGUGCCAAGCAACGGGCUAUAGAAGCAUUGCCGUAUCUUAUAAAAGGGGACAGAGCAUAUAAAAUUCCCAGUUUCGACCCAUAUGUAAUACCGGCUGUGGAAACAAGUGGUACGAGUGGUAUCAACUUGAAUCUCAAGAAUUUACGCUUGACAGGUUUGGACAAAACAGUAAUAAGAGCAGUUAAUGUCGAUAUAAAAAACAAUAAAAUAAUAGUAAACGUAUUUAUACCUGAGACGAUAACCGAAGCUGACUAUAAAGUAGUGGGAAAACUAUUCGCCAUAGAUAUUAAUGGGGAGGGACCUGCAUCAAUUAAGGGAGUAAAUUCCUCCGUAAUAUAUACGGUAGAUUACAAAUUGAUUACCAAAAAGGAUGGAAAGCGGUAUAUAGACACAAACACACUCAAAUCUCAUUUGGACCUAAACGUUGAAAAAAGCCAUUAUCAUUUUGGAAAUCUCUUCGGUGGAAAUAAGGUUUUAGAGGACAGCUUUAACAACGUACUCAACGAGAAUUCUAAAGAAGUAGAUGACAUUUCAAAGGAAACGAAUAGAUCAGUAGUCAAUAGUAUUAUAGAAACAAUUUUAAAGUCUAUAUUUAAAAUACCGUUCGACGAUAUAUUUGUAGACUAAAAAUCAGUAUUAAUUGUAUAAUAAUCGGUGUACAUAAGUUAUUAAAUAGCAUGAGCAUUACUUUAAGAAUAA